UCCAGCCUGGCCGCCCGGCCUCGGCGCUGGCUGGCCCUGGGCCCGCUCUCCGGCCAUGCGUGGGAAGCUGCUGCCGCUGGCCGGUCUCUACCUGGUGCAGGGCCUGCCCUACGGGCUGCAGUCCGGCCUGCUGCCCGUGCUGCUGCGGGCUCGCGGCCUCUCCCUGACACGCGUGGGGCUAGCUAAGGUGCUGUACGCGCCAUGGCUGUUCAAGCUGCUGUGGGCCCCGCUGGUGGACACGCGGGGCUCCCCGAGGGCCUGGCUGACGCUCAGCACGGCCGCCCUGGGCCUGGUGUGUGGGCUGCUGGCAGCCCUGCCUCCUGCCGAAGCUGGCCAGGCCGGGCUGCCCGUCACUGUGGCGGGGCUGCUUUUGUUGCUGAACCUGGGUGCGGCUGUGCAGGAUGUGGCUCUGGACACGCUGGCCGUGCAGCUCCUGGAGUCAGCUGAGCUUGGCCCCGGCAACACGGUGCAGGUGGUCGCUUACAAGCUGGGGGCGGUACUGGCUGGGGGGGGGCUGCUGGCUCUUGUGCCCACCCUCUCCUGGCCUCUGCUCUUUCUGUUCCUGGCUGCCACCUAUUGGCUGGCUGCUGCCCUGGCCUGGGGUGCGCCCGUCCUGCAGCAACAGCCUGCACCUCAGCCCUCAGAACCCUCCCCACACACCCUGCACCUUCUGCAGGACUUGCUGGCCGUUCCUGGGACCCUGUGGACAGCGGGCUUUGUGCUCACUUACAAGCUGGGUGAGCAGGGCGCCGGCAGCCUGUUCCCGCUUCUCUUGCUGGACCAUGGCAUCUCCAGCCCGGAGCUGGGGCUGUGGAAUGGUGUGGGCGCCGUGGCCUGUUCCAUUGCUGGCUCGUCCCUGGGUGGGGCGCUGCUGGCCAGGCACUGGCAGCCGCUGCCCCUGCUGAGGUCAGUGCUUCGGUUCCGUCUCGGGGGCAUGGCCUGCCAGACUGCCCUCCUCUUCCACCUGGACACCCCAGGGGCCAGGCUAGACCCCAGCACGGUACUGAGAGGGGCAGCCUUGCUGAGCCUGUGUCUGCAGCACUUCCUGGGAGGCCUGGUCACAACCGCCACCUUCACCCUGAUGAUGCGCUGCAGCCAGUUGGCAUCCGGUGCCCUGAAGGCCACACACUACAGCCUCCUGGCCACUCUGGAGCUGCUGGGGAAGCUGCUACUGGGCACGCUCGCCGGAGCCCUGGCUGACGGCCUGGGGCUGCACCUCUGCUUCUCCCUCCUCCUUGCUCUCUCAGCCACGCCCAUUGUGUACCUGGGCCUGGCCCCCAGCACCCUGGCCUGAGCUGGGCAGCUGGACUGGUUAAUAAAGCCGAGUGCGCCC